AUGAAUGUGGUAAAAAGAAAAUUUGAAGAACUGGGAAGAUCCAAUAUUCAGCAUGGAUUUAACAAUAUUAUUGGCGCUAUAGACUGCACACAUAUUAAAAUAAAUAGACCCAGAGGUAUCUCCCAUUCUGAAAUAUACCGAAAUCGUAAAGGAUAUUUCUCUAUUAAUGUACAAGCUAUUGUAGGCCCAAACAUGGAAAUUUUUGAUAUAGUAACCCGCUGGCCUGGCAGUUCACAUGAUAACAGAAUAUUUAGAAACUCUCAAGCUUACGCUAGAUUCCUAAGCGGGAAUUUGCAAGGAGUUUUAGUAGGUGACAGUGGUUAUCCCUCUCUUCCUUUCCUUUUAACAUCUCUUAUAACUCCAGUAACAAGAGCAGAAAACCAAUACAAUUAUGUUCAAAUAAGAACCCGUAAUAUAGUUGAGAGGUUUUUUGGAGUAUGGAAAAAUAAAUUUUCAUGCUUACAGUUGGGCCUACGUUCUAAGCUCACUAAUACAAGCAACAUAAUUGUAGCUUGUACAGUAUUGCACAACAUAGGUAUUCAGAGUGGGGAUGCUUAUGACGAUGGUGAUAAUGAUCAUAUAUCGGAAGUUCCAGAAAGACCAAACAAUGAAACAUCAUCCACUGCAGGUCUAGCAUAUCGACAGUCUAUAAUAGCACGAUUUAACUAA